AUGGUUGUUGACAUCAAGUCUGGCUUUUCAGUGAAUACAGGGACAUCUCUGGUGCUGUCCACUCUGUUGUCAGUGCUGGUCUUUGCAGGCAUGCAGAUGUUCAGCAAGCAGCUGGCCUCUUCUGAGUGGCUCACCAUCCUGGGAGGCUUUCUGGGUUCAGUGCUUUUUAUCUGCUCACUUACUGCAUUCAACAAUCUGGAGAACCUGGUCUUUGGCAAAGGCUUCCAGGCAAAGAUCUUCCCAGAAAUUAUUUUGUGUCUGUUUCUGUCCAUGUUUGCCUCUGGUCUGGUGCACAGAGUGUGUGUCACCACAUGGUGAGUAUCACAAAGCUGCUGAUUAAAGCAU